AUCACCACUCUCGUCCCGUCCCCAGCGCCAGUUUGCCAUCGCCACCAUCCCUGGUCCCCUGCCUGUGUUCUGCGCUUCUUUGAUUCCAGACUGCCGUCACGAGCAUCCACUUCGGACUCAGCACCAGAGCUUUUCAGGCAUCCAGAGCUUUCAACUCACGAGAGCUUACAUAUCUGAGCUUUUAACUCACGAGAGCUUCCCACCAGAGCCUUCCACACGAGCCUUCCAACAGAGCUUAACUCACCCGAGCUCCCACACAGCCAUCCCACCUCAUUCCCAAAAUGGCCUCCUCCGCCACAGUGUACAUCUGUAUAAAGCAGUUCAACGCCAGGCUAGGCGACGAGCUCAGCUUGAAGAUAGGCGACAAGGUCGAGGUUUUGGCGGACGAUAGCGAGUACAACGACGGGUGGUUCAUGGGUAAAAACUUAUUGACCAGCGAAGUCGGCUUGUACCCCAAGUCGUUCACACAAAUUUUGCAGAAUCAGACUUCCGAGCCCUCCCUAUUGAGAUCAAGGUCAAGAAGGGUGCUCAGCAGCAACAGUACCUCCAGCAAUACCCCGGUUGGCACCCCAAAUAACGUGUCCAAGCUUACCGACAAAUUUGGCAAGUUGGGAAUGGACGAAGAAUCCUCCCCUGCCAACAAAGCAAACAAGACCUUAAGUGACAUUGACAAGGCUCUACAGGAACUCCAAACUGAAAACUUCCUUGGAAGCAAUGGAACGUCCACAAAGAAUAACUCCCUUGAAGAGGACAUUAAUAAUAAUGAUGCUAACGACUCUGGCCAAACAGAAGUACUUGAGGGUCUCAAGUCUAAUGAAAACACACACAAGAGGAAUCCAUCCGCACAAUCCUUGACCGAAGAUUUAAAUCCUUUGAAGGCUGCUGAAUGGACUCCUCAACAAGUCUCAUCUUAUUUUGCUAUAGUCUUAGGGUUUGAUUUGGAUAUCGCUGGUAAAUUUGCCAGACACAAGAUCACCGGUGAAAUUCUCUUCCAGUUAGACUUGGCCCAUUUGAAGGAGUUGGAUAUCGACUCCUUCGGAACGAGGUUUGAGGUCCACAAGGAAAUUGAUAAAUUGCGGCAAAUCUCCUCCAGAAGUGCUAAGCACAAAUCAUUAAGUCGAUCCACAAGUAAGAACAACGUGACCGUGGGUAGCACUGAGAACGAGAAUUCAUUCAAAGAAUCAAUUCCAGAGUCAUCAAAUACCACAGAUGAAUUCGUUAGCCCUCCAGGUUCGUCAAACACAUCCCCUAAUAAAAUCUCUAAUUUCCAUAACCUCAAAUCAUCUGAAACUGAUAAGCGUUCUUCAAGACAUCAAAGCCAAUUAAUGCCUUCAGCCGACUUGAAAGCUGGAUCAUAUUUCAAGGGACAUCAAAGAAAGAGAUCCCAAUCGUUGGACAACCUCCAUGAAAAUAGAUCUAGUGUUAUUGUAAACGCUGAUCUGUCUUUCAUCUCUCCCAGAAAAGCCCCUCAACCACCCAACGAACCAAGCCCAGUGGAUAAGAACUACAAAUUCGGUGGCGCCAGUCCCUUAGAACAAACAAGUGGAUUAUAUGUCACCCGAACUAACGCAACUGGUUUGGGAUUAGUGAAUGGAUCUAGACCUUCCUCAUCUAUCUAUGAGUCUUCAAUGGUCAGUCAUAAUCGUAAUGCUUCUCAGAAUUCACAGCACUAUCACCAUCGCAGAAACUCUUCUGUCAUAACUGGCCAUAGAAGACAUUCCUCUUUGUUUCUGUUCUUAUCUGGUAACGAUGAAAAGCCAACAAACUCAAAGAAUAGCAACAAGUUGCAAUCCAAUAAGAUUGUGAAAGAUAACAGCAAUAUUGAUCCCGACUCUGCAAUCGAUACAGAUAAUGAUGAUGAUACGGUGUCUGUCCCUAAGUUAAUUUCCCCUGCUAAAGUCAAGAGAGAGAAUUCAUUGUUUUCUCCUAAGCAGAGAAAGGGUAACGCAGAGGAUGAAGAUAUAAUUGAUAUUGAUAACACUUCUUUCUCUCCAAAGAAGCUGAAGUCAAUCUCCUACAAGGUUGAUGAUCUGAGGAAGCAUGAAGUCGAUGAAAAGAGAUCCACAUCAGAUUCUACUGGAGUGGCACCAAGCACAAAUCCUGUUUCGAGGUUGAAGAAUUUGAGAACUACUUCUACUCAAAACUUCAAGAGCUUGACCUCUUCAAAGAAACUGAAAACGUCUGCAUUCCAGGAAGGUAUAAGGGAAGUCACCCCGGAUGAAGCGAUCAAGAGUGCAAACCACAGUGGUUGGAUGUCAAAGAGAUCUGGAAACACAUUGAGCUGGAGAUCUAGAUAUUUCACUUUACACGGUACAAGAUUGUCAUACUUCACUUCCUUGAAGGACAAGAAGGAGAAGGGAUUGAUUGAUAUCACAGCUCACAAAGUUAUUCCAGUACAUGCUGAAUCAGACAACAGUUCCGGAUCCAAUGACAAGUAUAUUGCUUUGUAUGCCUCUUCUACUGGUUUCGGUAGAUAUUGCUUUAAGUUGGUACCACCUGCUCCUGGGUUUAAGAAGGGAUUGAUGUUCACUCAACCAAAAACCCACUAUUUUGCUGUCGAUACCCAAGAAGAAAUGAGAGGAUGGUUAAAAGCAUUGAUGACUGCAACUAUUGAUAUUGACGAUUCGGUUCCUGUUGUGAGCAGUUGCUCUACCCCUACCGUCAGUUUGGCUAAGGCCCAAGAAUUGUUGGCCAAAGCUAGAGAGGAAACCAGAUUGAAGGAUGAAGAAUUGAGAUCCAAGGGAUUCAUUCGUGAUGGAUUUGAUGAUUAUGGUCUGUAUUUGAGUGAAUUGAACACUGACAUUCAGACUUCAUUGGAUUCCAACAAUUCUCCAAUCAUUGAUUCGGUUGAUGAGACUACGGUAUCGUCCGUUCAACCCAAUUCGAACGGUCACCCCAAGCUUUCAAUUGAUACCAGUGCGUCGUUCUCAAAGUCUAACACCAAAACACCAUCCACGCCCCAAAUAUCCUCGAAUCAGGGUGGGUUCGCUUCUCCUUAUUUGCUUGCUUCUGGACUUUUGUCUCCAAGGCUGGGUCACAGUGGCAACACUUCGUCACCUUCAGGUACUCCAAACUCUAACCUGAAGACCACAGACUAUUUCCAAGAGAGUCAAACUGGCAACACACCUGUUGCCUCUAGCACCACUACAGCCACCGCUAACUCUGAAGGCACGCCGAAGUCGGUUUUCUCGAAUAGCAAUGGCAAGGUGAUGUCUGGAAGAAAGAAGUCAGUAUCCGAGAAAAUGUUGGCCUACACCAGUGAUGGGUCAGGUAAUCACACCUUUGUGAUCAAAUCUAAGAAGUGAAGUGUAUAUUAAUGUAUAAUGAUACCAUUUUGAUGUAAUGGCAAGUUAC